AUGGUGUGCGUCACCACGGAUUUCAUCAGUGUUGGGGGCAACCGGAAUCCUACAGCAGCAGAUUGGCACCAUGAGUCUGGCUUGUUAGCCUUUGGUGCGAACAAUAAUGUUGCCCUAUGGAAUCCGUUGGACCAAAACGAUAGAGGUGUAUACACACUUCUCGUGGGCCACACUGACAAAGUAAACGCUGUUAAAUUUUACACAUCACCCGCCAACGGAUCCAUACUACUUCUUACAGGCGGUAGUGACCACACUAUACGAAUAUGGAAGCCAGAUACCUCCAGUUCACCUAAAUUUUCGCAAGUAGCAGUCGUGGAGGGGCAGCAUGAAGGGUCUCUCAAUUGUAUUGAGGUCGCUCGUGGAUCAAAUAUCUUCGUCUCUGGAGCUGCAGACGGAGCUAUCAAAGUAUGGAAGUUGACUGAGGAGAACGAUGUGGUAGAGUGCCAACUACUACAGAGCAUACCGUUAAAGCCUCGGUAUUUUCCUCUUGCCAUGGCCCUGAGACUUAUAUCUAGCCAGAGCUCAGGAGCUAAGUCUGAUGGACUUGUGCUUGCAGUUGGUGGAACCAGGGCUGCGGUACAGAUAUACGCUGCAAAGGAUGUUGAUGAUCUUAAGUUUGAACUGAGUACUACUCUAACUGGACAUGAAAGCUGGAUUCGCUCUCUUGCGUUUUCACCUGCCAGUGAUAGCUCCAGCAGCACAGGAGACCCGGCAAAGCCACAGGACUUCCUUCUCGCCUCAUGCAGCCAGGAUAAAUAUAUACGCCUUUGGAAAGUAAACCUAGGAGAAGGAACUGUUUCGGCCACGCCUAAAAAUGUGGAAGACCAACUGUUAGCCGGUGCCGAGCAGGCGACUUUGACUCCGAAGGCACACCGUUUUGACAUGAAUGGUGCCAAGUAUUCAAUAACAUUUGAAGCGCUUCUUUUUGGCCAUGAGGACUGGGUUUACACUGUAGCCUGGAACCCGAAUCCUCUCCGACCACAGUUACUAUCUGCGUCCGCAGAUAACUCCUUGGUUAUUUGGGAGCAGGAUCCUAUAACCGGUGUCUGGUUUUCACUGUCAAGAAUGGGAGAAAUUAGCUCUCUCAAGGGCUCAACUACUGCUACUGGUAGUGCCGGUGGCUUUUGGGUUGGUCUUUGGUCCCCAUCUGGGGAUGUUGUUGUCUGCCUAGGCAGGACGGGCAGUUGGAGGUCCUGGAGACAUGAUACUGUGGCGGAUGCAUGGCUCCCUAUACCAGGGAUUACAGGACACGUUAGAGCAGUUGGUGAUAUUGCUUGGGAGGCAAACGGAGGGUAUUUGUUAUCUACCAGCGGGGAUCAAACAACGAGAUUGUAUGCUGAAUGGAAGAAGGGUAGCCAUCACUCAUGGCAUGAGUUUUCACGGCCUCAAAUACAUGGUUACGACCUUAACUGCCUUGCACCACUAGGCCCAUCCAGAUUUGUGUCUGGUGCAGAUGAAAAACUUUUACGGGUGUUUAACGAAACCAGAGCCGUGGCUAAUUUGCUUACGCGGUUGAGUGGGCUAGCUACCCCGAAGAGUGAUGAGGAAAUGCCAGAUGCUGCGAGUAUUCCAGUAUUAGGGCUGUCUAACAAAGCAAUGGAUGAGGAAGUUGGAGGUGAUGAAGAAACCAACGAAACUGGUGACCAGGAACAACAAACAGUGCAGCCAGAAGUAUAUAAUCUGGAGUUUGACCAUCCACCGCUAGAGGACCAUCUCGCCAGGCAUACACUUUGGCCGGAACAUGAAAAGCUGUAUGGCCACGGAUACGAAAUAUCAGCCGUUACUGCAAGCCAUGACCUAUCGAUCAUCGCGACCGCAUGCAAGGCUAGUUCUAUUGACCAUGCAGUCAUUCGUCUAUAUGACACUUCAACAUGGAACGAAAUAAGGCCUCCAUUAACAGCUCAUUCAUUGACGAUAACCUCGCUGCGAUUUUCUCUGGAUGACAGGUAUCUGCUCAGUGUUGGGCGUGAUCGGCAAUGGGCAGUUUUCGAGCGAGACUCGACCAACAAAUUACUGUUCAAAUUGCUAGCUUCCAACCCCAAGGGCCACUCAAGGAUGAUACUGAGUGCGAGCUGGGCGCCACAUCCAACGGCUACAGUAUUUGCCACGGGUGGCCGUGACAAGUCCGUUAAAAUUUGGGCUAAGGAGGGCGAUUCGUUUGUUGCAAAAACCACAAUCCCUUUCUCUCACCCAAUUACUGCUAUCGACUUUCUGCCUCUCUCAGUACAUGGUGGGCUCUACAUCGCUAUUGGUGAUGACUCCGGCCGGAUAUUUGUAUGCAGGAUCCAGCUCGAGAGUCUAGAAGCAAGAGAGAUGCUCACGAUCCCAGAACCAGAGUGCCCGUCAAAAUCUAUCACUCGAGUAGCCUGGAGGCCGGUGAAGGGACUUGUAGAAGUUCACGGGGAGGAUGUUACUGCUACCGGCAGGAAGCCCGGAUAUCAACUUGCUGUCGCAAGUGAAGAUUCUUCGAUUCGUUUAUAUAAUGUUGAUAGUCUUCCGACAUAG